AUGACUGGAGAGAGGGUGGACGGUGAAGCAAGAGAGCUAACUGAAGGGGCAUGGCUGCUCUCAAAGGUCAGGUUUGUUCUCAGAGCAGCAAGAGAGCGGAACCGCCAUGAAGCAGCUUCUAAACAGCACGUCCACAGUUUGUGAUAUGGGAAGGAUGUGGUGAGUGCUGAUGUGACGUUUUCAGAAAACACAACCUGAACAGGAAGCGCCUGCGAGAAACACUGGGGAGGGCCUAAACACUGUGCAGAAGCGAACGGUCUUUGCAGCUGGGCAGAGUGUGAGUCUGAGCGGGGCAGAUCUGGAUCUUCUGCAGAACUCGCUGGAGGGUUGGUGCACAGGUCGACUUGUGCCGCCGUCUCUGCUUGUCGGUGCACUGCCGUCCCCGCGGUGGAACCAGAGAGAAGUUUGCCCCGGAAACAGUUUAAGGUUAAAGGUACUGAAGAGAAGAGAAGUUUAUAUCGCAGUCCCUUCAGUUGGAAGAGGGGUGGGAUCGACGUUCUUCCUUCGCCGAGAAUGGAGACGAAGCGACUCUGCUGCUGGCUUCUGGCCCUUGUUGUUGCACUCUACCUGGUUUCUCGGAUGCUUGAGCGCGUUGGCAGCGGAGAGGAUCCGGAUGAUUACGUUCGGCUGGACAUGGGGGGCGACUGUGCCGGUUACCUCUUCCAGCAGACCAAUGAAUCCGAUGAGGUGGCCAUCGGCUGCCUCCAAAAGGAGCUCGGUCGGAGUCGUCGCCUGCGGCGAGCGUGGGGUAACGCAAACUGCCGCACUAAAGUUGCCGAAGUCAGCGGACUCAGAAGAGAACACCUGCUGGCCGUGAAUGCUUACACCCAAAUGGACUUCCACGGGGUAUUCAAUCAGGCGCUCAGAAAGCACGGAGCCAACGAUUCGACUUACGCGAAGGACUUUCCCUUCAAGUGUUUCCAUUAUCUCCUCUCCGUUGCUCUUGAAAGGCUGAGAGAGAAUUCCCAUUACUCGUGCAUGGAAUCCUUCCGAGGGAUGGAGAGACGGGCACUGGGGGUGAAUAGAUCGGAAAUGAGAUUCGGGUUCUUUGCUUCUUCCUCCUUGCGCUACCGCAUCGCCGAGCAUUUUGGCGGCGCUACCAUUUUCACCAUCCGGUCGCAGUACGGCGUCUUGAUCCAACGCUUCUCGGAGUUCCCGGUGGAGGAAGAGGUGCUGAUCCCGCCUGACGAAGUUUUCCGGAUCGGGUAUCCCGAAGGAAGUGAGGUGGACGUCAUCCUCACCAGCCGCGGCCGCCAAGCGACUCUGGUGAAACUCGAAGAAGGUGAAGAUGGAAGGAUUAGAGUGGCCCGUGUUAACUCUUGACCUUGCGCGACAGAUGCUCCCUGACCUGAACCUCCAGCUCUCCCGUCAGUGUCUAUUCUCCCUUCUUGUUUCAAGCUUCCCGGAUUUCUUCCUCAUCCCUUUUUCCACCUUCAAAGAUCCUUGGACUUCAACACCGAGGUAUUUCUGUUCUAUAAUACUCCCUGGGGCUGAAUCAUCAAUUGACCGUACCCUGGAUAUCAGCCCUUCCCACAAUCUCUCAUGUCAGAUGACACGAAGUGAGGAGGUGAGAAAGUGAAGAAGGUUGCCGUCGAUCAAAGGGGGACCUUGAUCAGGUCGGGGAGUGGGCCGAGGAGUGGUAAAUGGAUUUGAAUACUGAUAAGUGUGAGCUGAUGCAUUUUGGAAAAUCAAACCAGCGUAGGACUUGUGCUGAGAAUGGUCGGGCACUGGGGCGUGCAAUGGAACAGAGAGACCGAGAGUGCAAGUGCACAGUUCGUUGAAAGCGGCUUCACGGGUAGACAGGGUGGUGAAAAAAAGGCGUUCGGCACGCUGGCCUUCAUCAGUCAGGUCACUGAGUACAGGACUUGGGAGGUUAUGUUGCAGUUGUAUAAGCCGUUGGUGAGGCCGUACUUGGAGCACCGGGUACGGUUUUGGUCGCCCUAUUAUGAGAAAGACUGGAAAGUGUGCAAAAAAGUUUUGCGAGGAUGUUGCCAGGUCAAGAGGGUCUGAGCUACAGGGAGAGGUUGGCCGGGAUAGGUCUUUAUUCCUUGGAACGUAGGAGAAUGCGGGAGAGAGAGAGAGAGCGAGAGAGAGAGAGAGAGAGAGAGAGAGAGAGAGAGAGAAUCUCAGAUAAACACAAGGAAAGAGAGAGGCAAUCACAGAUACACACAGGGACACAGAGAGAGAAUCACAGAUACUCACAGGGACAGAGAGAGAGAGAGAGUACCACAGAUAGACACAGGGGCAGAGACAGAGAAUCACAGACGCACACAGGGACAGAGAGAGAGAGAGAAUCAGACACACACAGGGACAGAGAGAGAGAAUCACAUAUACACAGACAGACGGAGAGAGAGAAUUACAGAUAGACACAGGGACGCAGAGAGAGAAUCACAGAGACGGACAGGGACAGAGAGAGAGGGAGAGAGAGAGAGAGAGAGAGAAAUCACAGAUACACAUAGGUUCAGAGAGAGAAAAUCACACACACACAAGGACAGAGACUGAUAUUACCGCUGUGUACGUCAAUGGUGAGGCCCCAGAUGACCUCAUACGUAGAUCUUUUGUCACUCUGUUACAGUAAAGACCUGAGUAAACUAGAAGGACUGCAGAGAAGUUUUGCGAAGAUGUUGCCAGGUCUCGGGUGCCUGAGUUACAGUGAGAGGUUGGCCAGGCUAGGUCUUUAUUCCUUGGAGCGUAGGAGAAUUCGGGGCGUCAUUACAGAAAUUAUGAGAGGAGUAGAUAAUGUAGAUGGAAGACAGUCUUUUCCCCAGGUCAGGGGAGUCCAAAACCAGGGGGGCAUAGAUUUAGGGUGAGAAGGGGAAAGGACCUGAGGGGCAAUUUUUUCAGGCAGAGGGUGUUGAGUGUGUGGAACGAGCUGCCAGAGGAAGUGGCUGGCAGGUACAAUAGUAUCAUUUAAGAAGGACACGGAUAGAUACAUGGAGGGGAGGGUCUUCGGAGGAAUAGGGGCCAAACGCAGGGUAUUGACACUUGCUGGAUGAUCACCGCGGUCAGCACGGACAGGAUGGGCCGAAGAGCCUGUGUCCGUGCGGUAUCGCUCUGUGACUCUGUGAUCUUUUACACUGCUUCCAGAGCUACCCUGCACCUGCCCAUAUCUCCAACUGAUCAAUAUCCAACUGCGACUGAAGUCGACCCUGCAACACAAAAUGCAGGGAUCACUCAGCAGGUCGGGCCGCGUCUGUGGGAAGAGAAAGGGAGCUGACGUUUCAGGUCGGUGUCCUCUUUCUUCUGUUGAAGGGGAAAGAGACACUGUGUAGGGUGAACAAGGCGGGAGAGAAGCCGUAUUUCCAGUCGGAGAACAGACGAGAACUUCCUCCGGCUCGGCUUUCGGUGCAGUGAAUUCAACCAGUGAGCAAAAGUGCAGUGGGAGGGCGGGGGGGGGGGAGGGGUAAUUUGACUGAGUUUGUUGAAGAGAUAGGCCAUGAAGAUUGACGGGGGUAGGGGUUGCUGUGCGGCGAACGUUGUUCCAUGACUUCAACAAGGCCUUUGACAAGAUCCCACACAGUAAGCCAGACCAGAAGGUUAGAUCACAGGGCGAGCAAGCCAAUCAGAUGCAAUCAGAAGAGACAGAGCGCGGCGGGACACGGUUGUUUCUCGGACUGGAGGCCUGUGACUAACAGUGUGCCGCAGGGAUCGCUGCUGGGCCCGCUGCCGUCCGUCGUUUUACACUGACGAUUCGGAUGUUAAUGUAAGUGACACUGUUGGUAAGUUUGAGGAUGGCAUUGAAAUUGGUAUUGAUGUUGGUAUUGGUUUAUUAUUGUCACUUGUACCGAGGUACAGUGAAAAACUUGUCUUGCAUAAAGAUCGUACAGGUCAAUUCUUUACGCAGUGCAGUUACGGUUGAGUUAGUACAGAAUUUUUUGAGGUAGCACAGGUAAAAACAAUAACAGUACAGAGUAAAGUGUCACAGCUGCAGAGAAAGUGCAGUGCAAUAAGGUGCAAUGUCACAGCAAGGUAGAUAGUGGGGUACAGAGUGCAUUGAGGUAGUACAGGUAAAAACAAUAACAGAAUGCAGAAAAAAGUGUCACAGUUACGGAGAAAGUGCAGUGCAGGUAGACAAUAACGUGCAAGGCCGAAACAAGGUAGAUUGUGGGGUACAGAGUACGUUGAGGUAGUCCAGGUAAAAAACAAUAACAGUACAGAGGUCGGAAGAUUUCCAGCCCUGUAAGAAGAUUUAAAAAGAGCAUUACUAGAAAUAGUAAGUGACAUAGAAUUUAAGUUUAUAAGUGAAGAACGAUUAGUGUGAGGGUAAUGAGUAGAUCUGUACAGAACAGCUUGCAACGAGUCGCCGCGCUGCUGCGCCAUCUUGCAUGCCCCGAAAGUUUGGCGACCGGAAGAGCAAACGGUUCAGCAAGCUCGGCCGAACCAGCCAGUUGCAAUUCGGCAGGAUGUCACUGUUCCUGCGUAGAAGAAUAAAUGAUGUAUUUUUUAACAAUACUGGGGUUGAUGGGAGACUUGACACUGCAGAAGGGAACUAUGCUUGCAGCCGACAGUAAAUCUGGGCUUCGAGCCAGUGGGUCUGCAGAAGACUGCUGAAACCAGACUUUGAAAUAAAACAGGAUGAUAUAUCAGCCUUGAGCGCACUGAUAAGAGGAACUGGUUGGUGUUGUUUUCUCUUAUUUUGAUCUAUGUGACACCUUAAUUAACUUUUUAAGUGUGCAACAACCGUAGCGGAAUUAGGCAUGUGAUAUAGCUGUUGUUUCAACAUGCAGAAUAAGCUUGUAACCUUCUGUAUGUCAGAGUCUGGGUAACGAUGGCCACUUUCCGUGGUACC